AACUUCAUUUAAAAAGAUCCCACUUUACUUUUUUAUGACAAGAAGCAGCCAUGCAACAAUUUUUUUACAGCACUUGAGGAUUCUACAAAUCCUUAAGUGCUGUAGUUUAAAGGAGAACCAUUGAAUGCUUAUAUUUGACUCAUUUGUGAACACUGUAACAAUAUACCAUCAUUACAUCUGAAAAUGAACAUCUUGAGAUUUAACACAUUGUACUAUUAAGCAGGGUAUUUGAUCAGUGAUGAACUGCACAGAGUCCAUUAGGAUUGUCAGAAGGGACAUGGAAGACAAAUCCAUCCAUAAUUAUAUUGCCUUAGGCAUUGCAUGACUUGUUAUUUAAAGCCAUGUCAAUACUAUAUACUAUACUGAAUUUUAUACUAUAUACUAUACUGAAUAAUACCUAGGUGCUACAUUCAGGGUGAAGUAUUUUUGUUUAAUGGGCCGCUUAAAUGCUCCUCAUAGUCUUAGCGUAGCCAGCCAAAUGGAGAGUUAUAAAGCGAAGACUUACUUUAGAGAGUUAUGAUUUUGGAGAUUUAAAUUUUGGCCUGGUCCAAACCACACCUCUUUUCCCAAUGACCAUGCCUAAUUUCAACUCUGCCGAUGAUUCCUAUCUCUAACAUAAGUAACUCUCUUUUUAACAGUAUAAAAAUUUUAGAGAAUCACAGAAAAUUUCUAAAAUGUUCUAGCCUUCACAAUUCUGACUAUAAAGAGAGUGAUGAUGUCAGUUUUGGAAAGUCUGUAACGUUUUUGCAAUAUUUUCCUUUAAAAAAUUGUAGUGUCAAAGUUGACAGGAAUAGAAAGUAUCUAUAAUUUAUCUGCCCCUUUCACUAAAAUGUAAGACUGAAGUUACAAAAUUUGGAGGUUUUUGGAAACAACUCUCUUCAUAAACAUAUUUGUGAACACAAAGUUAUUGCAAAUGGUACUGCAGAACCCUCAUUAUAUAUGACCUCAUGCGGAGUAAUUCUCAUUGGGAAAAAUGGGCGCCGCCGUUGUGAAGAGAGGACGAUGUUUAGGCGUGAUCUAAACUACUUUUCGGUUAUAACUCUCCUGUUAGUAACUUCCUCUUUUGCCAUACCAGAGUAUGUAAAGCAGAGUAAUGCCUAAUGUGAAUUAAGUCCCACACACACGUGUGUAUUACUUCAAGUUAUCGCAUUAUGAACACGCGCUUGAUUAAAAAUCGGAUGACACAUUGUGGUUAAGUCAAAACUUUGAAUAACAUCCCACGCAAACACGAAUGUGUUAAUUUGUUAAAACUUAAAUAACACGUGUGUGAAUGAGGUGUAAAAUUAUAGAAUUGAGUACUUUAUUUAAGCUUGAAAUUGCUUAUCUAUGUAUACAAACAUAAUUUAUCAUUCUUAACAAAAAAUAAUUUUAGCUAUAAGUUUUUCAGUUUGAAAGAGAACUUUCCAGUAGUAUUUCGUGUUUAGGACAUAUUUCAGUAUGCCCCAAAGCUAAUUAGGAUUUAAAAUUUGACCGUACUGUUUUAUAUUCCGUAAUAAUCUGGGAUUACAGACUUAAGCCAAGGCUUUAUAAGAGCCGGAUUUGCCUGAGAUAAAAACUAAGUCGUCAAAUAUAACGUAUGAGUUCACGAUCAGUCUUGGUGAAUAGGUCGUCCUAACGCUGGCUUUGUGCAGGUAUCAACUUUAUGUUGGCUUUCUGCAAUGAAAAAUCAUUGAUUGCCUGCAUCCCAAUGUAUAGGACUGCUGUACUGAUGCACGCUACACGCUAUGUCUACAUAAUUUCAUCUUUAUUUUCACGCGUUAGCAGUUCACAGAGUAAUCAACGGAAAUUCUAGUUAAAGAAUUGAUUAAAUGCGACUUCCUAAGAAAACACAGCGUUUUGUUCUAGCACAGCCCGGAUUCUGAUUUAGAGGCGUUCAAUCAUAAUCCAACAGAUGGUAGCAGCUUCGCACCAUUGUCUUUUCAGAGUUUUCUAAAUGAUGGUACAAGACUCAUUCGAAAGUGGUGUCCUGACGAAGAGAAAAUGUCCCUCGCCGUCGUCAGGAACAUCGACACCACUCUCUCUCAUCGAGAAAAUCAAACAAAGUAUGGGAUUAGAGAAGAAAUUCUUCUCGCUGGAGUUUUUCCCGCCAAGAACGCCAGCCGGGGCGGCAAACUUGAUUGGAAAACUAGAAAAGUUUUCGGCAAGCUCUCCAUUAUUUUGUGACAUCACGUGGCAUGCCGCUGGUGACCCAGGCGGUGAUAAGGAAACAAGCUCAAUGCAAAUUGCUGGUGCUGCGUUGAACUACUGUGGCGUGGAGAUUAUGUUGCAUAUUACUUGUGCGAAUGAAACGAGGGAAACUAUUACGAAGCAUUUAUACAAAGCGAAAUCAAUGGGCAUAAGAAAUAUUCUUGCUUUGAGAGGAGACCCCCCUCAUGGUGAAGAUUUUGAAGUGGUGGAUGAGAAUUUGGUGUAUGCUGCUGACCUGGUAAAACACAUCAGACAAGAGUUCGGUGAUUCUUUUACGAUUUGUGUCGCAGGUUACCCGACAGGCCAUCCUGACUGUAGUAGUUACGAGGAAGAUUUGACACAUUUAAAGGAAAAAGUUGACGCUGGUGCGGACUUUAUCAUUACCCAGCUUUUCUUUGAAGCCAAAACAUUUCUUAAGUUUGUUGAAGAUUGUCGUGAGAUUGGUAUUGAUGUACCUAUCAUACCCGGAGUCAUGCCUAUUCAGAGUUACGAUUCUCUGCGACAUCUAGUUAAACUAUCGAAACUCGAUAUACCAAAGGAAAUUCUUGAAGCAAUCCAACCAAUCAAAGACGAUGAUUUGGCUAUCCGUACAUAUGGUGUAGACUAUACCAUUAAAAUGGUCAACGAACUUUUCUCUAGUGGGCUUGUACCUGGGAUUCACUUCUAUACUUUGAACCGCGAGGUUGCAACGACUGAAAUUUUGAAACAGACUAAAUUAUGGUCACUUGAGCCACUGUACGCACGUUCGUUACCUUGGAAACCUUCAGCGAACGUGAAGCGAAUCAAGGAAGAAGUUCGUCCAAUAUUUUGGGCAUCGCGAACAAAGAGUUAUGUACAUCGCACGUCCGAAUGGGAUGAGUUUCCGAACAGUCGAUGGGGAGACUCGGCUGCGGCAUCAUUUGGUGAUCUCAGUGAUUACCAUUUGUUCUAUUUGCGAAACAGAACGAAGAAGGAGACCUUGUUAAAAAUGUGGGGUGAAGAGUUGAGUUCUGUUCAAGAUGUUUAUGAUGUCUUUGUCUGUUAUAUCAGUGGAGAGAAGAAUGUCAACGGAUCAAAGGUAACCAUGCUUCCCUGGAAUGAAGAUGAUUUGGCACCUGAGACGUCAGAGGUUUCAGAUGAUCUUGUGGAGGUAAAUCGUAGUGGAGUGUUGACUAUUAACAGUCAACCACAUGCUAAUGCUGCCAAGUCAACUGAUCCAGUUUUCGGUUGGGGAGGAGCUGGUGGAUACGUUUAUCAAAAGGCGUAUUUGGAGUUCUUCACGAGAAAGGAAGUUGUUGACAAGUUAUUGGAAGUUUUAGAAAUGGACUAUCCUGGUGUCAGUUAUCAUGUUGUUGAUCAUAAAGGGGAGAUUGACAUAAUCAGUGAAGAGUUGGCUUCCCCUGUUGCCGUCACUUGGGGAGUAUUUCCUGGCAAAGAGAUUAUUCAACCCACUGUUGUUGAUCCUGUUAGUUUCCAGAUCUGGAAGGAUGAAGCAUUUGCUCUGUGGAAACACCAAUGGGCAAGGCUAUAUCCCGAGGAAUCAAAAUCACGUGAGAUAAUCGACACUAUUCACGAUAGCUACAUGUUGGUCAAUUUGGUUGAUAAUGAUUAUGUCGCUGGGAAUUGUUUGUUUGAAGCAAUAAAGAAAGCAAUCAAGCUAGCAGAAAUGAAAAAAGAAACAAAUCUUUCCGUCGAAUCUCAUUCAAAGACACUUACGUCGGGGCAGACUAGAGUAUAACUUGUUAUAGUUGCCUAUAGAUAAAUAUAUUCAGGGGCGUAUAGGAAACAGAGGGUACGUGCCCUCCCCCCUUAAAUUUUUCAGGGGACGAAAAGUGCCCUGCAUGUAUCAGUGACAAUUGUCACGAAUGACAUCUGCUCGUGCUAAGUUCACCACUGGGCGCCAAGCACAUUAAAGUGGAAGUCUAGUCCAAACAAACGGCUCGUUUACAUUUUGAACCUCAUAUUGUCUUUAAAAUGCGACGUGCUGCAGUUUGAAUAUCUAACACAAUUUAGGUUCGAUACGCUUUUAUGGCCCGGGUUAAACAUCGCAGUUAAGUCGCGUCCAAUGCAAUUCGAACAGUGGAGCUGAAUGAGGUUUAUCACCUCAUUAUCAUCUCAUCUCAUUAUCUACAAUUUUUGAAUCGACGCGUCCAAAAUGCAUAUAUACAUAUUAAGUGUAGAAAUUAUGUUCAGAAAAAUUGAAAACAUGUCGUCACAUUGUUAUAAGCAGAACGGACUUGACUGCCACUUUAAUCAAACCAAACCGAUGCUGAUAAAAUUAAUACGCAUAACGUUCGCGUUUCUGUACCGACGAAUGCGUUUCUGUACCAUUUGUCGCAAAAAUUUGCUUGCAGCUUUUUAUUUGGACCGUUGUGGGAGGGUAGUGAACUGCACUAUAUUCAUUGAAACCCACUAUAUACAUGCAUGCAAAGUUUGACUGUAUUCAUGCAUGCAGAUAACCAUGCACACUGAUCAUGUUUUUAGCCAUAUUAUGUAAAACGUCUCAUGCAUAAGUUAUAUCAUUGUACGUAUUCACAAAUGUUGGCAUUUAUUUUAUACCAAGUGCCCAAAAUAUGGUUUAGUAUAAUUAUUAAAAACAUUGUUUUAAGUUGUACGAGUUUUAAUAAAUCUGAGAAUUGUAGCAUACGGCUUA